UUGUUAUAUAGACUAGAUCCUUUAUGCUUGUUCUAAAAUUAAAUUUUUGUCUAUAAAUAUGUGUGUGUGUGUGUGUGUGUGUUUAAUAUGCUUUAUUUAUUUUUGUUUAAAUAUAGACUAUUUCCUUUAUGCUUGUUCUAAAAUUAAAUUUUGGUCUAUAAAUAAUAUUAUUCACAGUGACACUGGCAUUUUUGUCUAUCAACAUCAUUCACAGUGACAUGGCCAGCAAUGUCUAUCAUCCAGUAACCAACCUGGAUGACUUCAAGAAAUGUCGGCGGAGACAGAAAGAAGAACUGGAAGUUUGGUGUUUGCUGUUAAUGGUGAGAGGUUUGAGCUUCCAACAGUUGAUCCUUCAACCACUUUGCUCGAGUUCUUGCGUACACAGACUCCCUUCAAAAGUGUCAAGCUUGGUUGUGGUGAAGGAGGUUGUGGUGCUUGUGUUGUGCUGCUGUCCAAGUAUGAUCCUGUGCAUGACAAAGUCGAGGAUUUUACAAUAAGUUCUUGUCUGACACUGCUUUGCAGCAUAAACAGAUGUUCAAUUACAACAUCUGAAGGACUUGGAAAUAGCAAAAAUGGGUUCCAUCCAAUUCACCAAAGAUUCUCUGGUUUCCAUGCUUCUCAGUGUGGCUUUUGUACUCCUGGAAUGUGUGUUUCACUCUUUGGGGCUCUUGUCAAUGCUGAGAAAACAAGUCAAUUGGAGCCCCCUUCAGGGCUCUCCAAGCUCACUGUUUCUGAAGCAGAAAAGGCUGUUGCAGGGAACCUCUGUCGAUGUACUGGUUACCGACCCAUUGCUGAUGCCUGCAAGAGUCUUGCAGCUGAUGUUGAUAUUGAGGAUUUGGGGUUCAACUCCUUUUGGAGAAAGGGAGAGACUAAGGAAGUAAAGAUGAGCAGGUUGCCUUUGUAUAACUGUAAUGAUGAGAUUCGUACAUUUCCAGAGUUUCUAAAGGAGGAAAUUAAGUCUGGCGUCUCUUUGGAUUCGAAAAGAUAUAAUUGGUAUACUCCUGCCAGUGUUGAGGAGCUUCAAAGCUUAUUGAAAGGUAAUGAAGGGACUGGGACUAAAGUACUAGUUAGUAACACAGGGAUGGGUUAUUACAAGGAACUAGAACGUUAUGACAGAUAUAUUGAUCUGAAACAUAUUUCUGAACUCUCAAUGCUUAGGAUUGAUCAAACAGGAGUUGAGAUUGGAGCAGCAGUAACAAUCUCCAAAAUUAUUAAAACUCUGAAGCAUGAAAACUGGCAUGAAUUUCUUCCAAGAGAUGAGAUUGUGUUCAAAAGACUUGCCAACCAUAUGGAGAAAAUUGCUUCAGGGUUCAUCAGAAAUACAGCUAGUGUGGGAGGAAAUUUGGUAAUGGCACAGAGGAAACAUUUUCCUUCAGAUAUUGCAACCAUACUUCUUGCUGUGGGUUCAACAGUGGAUAUAAUGAGUGGUCACCAAUUGGAAAGAAUUACAUUGGAGGAGUUUCUGGAAAGGCCACCAUUAAAUUUUAACAGUGUACUUGUAAGUGUCAAAAUCCCAUCAGUUAGGAAAGUUAAUCCAGAAAGUAAUACUAUCCUGCUCUUUGACAUCUAUCGUGCUGCACCCCGACCUUUGGGAAAUGCAUUGGCUUAUUUAAAUGCUGCCUUCUUGGCUGAAGUUUCUCCAUCUGAGAUUUCUGAUGGAAUCUUGGUGAAUCAUUGUCAGUUGGCUUUUGGUGCUUAUGGGACAAAACAUGCUAAUAAGGCAAGAAAGGUAGAGGAAUUUUUAACUGGAAAAUUUUUAAAUUUUGAGGUUUUAUAUGAAGCUGUCAAAUUAGUUCGAGCUACUGUGCUUCCUGAGGAUGGCACUGCAAAUCCUGCAUAUAGGUCAAGCUUGGCUGCUGGUUUUCUUUUCCAGUUCUUAAUCUCCUUAAUAGAUUCGGGUGCUAAAACCACCAAUGGUUUCUUGGAUGAAUACAAAAGUACUUCGUUGAUCAAACAUUCUGAACUAACUCAGAGUUAUGACCAACUUUACUCUGAUAAGGUUCCGACAUUGCUAUCUUCCGCAAAGCAAGUGGUGGAAUUAAGUAAAAGCUACUAUCCAAUUGGUGAGCCAAUUGCAAAAUCUGGAGGAGCCAUCCAAGCUUCAGGUGAGGCUGUAUAUGUAGAUGACAUUCCUUCACCAACAAACUGCUUACAUGGAGCGUUCAUUUAUAGCAAAAAGCCUCUAGCAAGGGUGAGGAGUAUAAAAGUCAACUCCAGCCCACAUCCAGAUGGAGUUGCAGCAGUUCUAUCUUAUAAAGACAUUCCCGAACUUGGGGAGAAUAUAGGAUCAAAACAUAAGUUCGGUACCGAACCAUUGUUUGCUGAAGGUCUUACUCUUUGUGCUGGUCAGCGUCUUGCCUUUGUGGUUGCGGAUACACAGAAACAUGCAGAUAUGGCCGCAAACUGUGCAGUGGUUAAUUAUGGACUUGAAGAUCUAGAGCCACCUAUUUUAUCUUUAGAAGAGGCUGUUAAAAGAUCUAGUUUCUUUGAGAUUCCUCCUUCCAUUUACCCAAAACCAGUUGGUGAUAUAUUGAAAGGAAUGGCUGAAGCUGAUUACAAGAUUACAUCUGAGAUCAAACUUGGUUCUCAAUACUAUUUCUAUAUGGAGACACAAACUGCUCUUGCAAUUCCAGAUGAAGACAACUGCAUUGUGGUUUACAGUUCAGCUCAGGGACCCGAGUAUGCACACAGUACUAUUGCAAGAUGCCUGGGUAUACCUGAACAUAAUGUCCGCGUUCUUACAAGAAGAGUUGGAGGUGGCUUUGGUGGAAAGAUUAUACCUUCCAUACCUAUUGCAACGGCAUGUGCUCUUGCAGCACAUAAACUACGCCGCCCUGUCCGGACAUAUCUCAAUCGCAAGACUGAUAUGAUAACAACAGGAGGAAGGCAUCCCAUGAAAAUCACUUAUACUGUUGGAUUCAAGUCUGAUGGAAAGAUUACAGCUUUACAACUAGAAAUAUUGAUUGAUGCAGGGAUUUUUCCAGAUAUAAGUCCAGUAAUGCCGCGCACUAUAUUGAGUUCACUUCAGAAGUAUAAUUGGGGUGCUUUAUCUUUUGACAUAAAGCUAUGCAAAACAAACAAUAUAACUAAGACUGCAAUGCGAGCCCCUGGAGAUUUACAGGGAUCAUUUAUUGCUGAAGCUAUAAUUGAACAUGUUGCAUCUAGCCUUUCAUUGGAAGUUGAUUCUGUCAGAAAUGUGAAUCUUCAGACAUACAACAGCCUUAAAUUAUUUUACAGGGAUAGUGCAGGUGAACAUCUGGAGUAUACUUUACCCUCAAUGUGGGAUAAAUUAGCUGUGUCUUCAAGCUUUAAUCAAAGGGUUGAAAUGGUAAAAGAAUAUAAUAAGUACAAUAAAUGGAAGAAAAGGGGAAUUUCUCGUGUACCUAUUUUGUAUACAGUGUUAAUGAAACCAGUUUCAGGGAGGGUAAGCGUUCUAAAGGAUGGCUCUAUUAUUAUUGAAAUUGGGGGGAUUGAACUUGGCCAAGGGCUGUGGACAAAGGUAAAACAGAUGGCUGCUUUUGCUCUCAGAUCAAUCCAAUGUAAUGGAGAUGGAGAGCUCCUGGAUAGAGUGCGAGUCAUACAAGCUGACACAUUAAGCUUAAUUCAAGGGCGUAUCACUGGUGGAAGCACUACAUCAGAGUCUAGUUGUGCGGCAGUUAGACUUUGUUGUAACAUUCUGGUUGAGAGGCUGAGUCCUCUCAAUGAAAGGUUGCAGGAGCAAAUGGGACCUAUCAAAUGGGAGACUCUUAUUUCUCAGGCACACAUGCAAUCUGUGAACUUAUCAGCAAGUGCUCUCUAUGUCCCUGACGCUUCAUCAAGUUCAUACAUAAACUAUGGUGUAGCAGUGAGUGAGGUUGAGGUGAAUCUUCUGACUGGAGAAACCACAAUUUUGCGAGUGGAUAUUAUGUAUGAUGGUGGACAGAGUCUCAACCCUGCUGUGGAUUUAGGACAGAUUGAGGGAGCUUUUGUUCAAGGAAUUGGGUUUUUCAUGUUCGAAGAAUACCUUACAAAUUCUGAUGGAUUGCUGAUCACUGAUAGUACAUGGACAUACAAGAUUCCUUCGAUGGACACCAUACCUAAACAGUUAAAUGUCGAAAUAUUAAACAGCAGCCAUCACGAAAAACGUAUUCUUUCUUCAAAAGCUUCUGGUGAGCCACCAUUACUGCUAGCAGUUUCAGUUCAUUGUGCUGCAAGAUCUGCGAUUAAAGAAGCUAGAAAACAGCUUCUUUCAUGGAGCGGCCAAGAUGGUUCAGAGUCAACAUUCCAAUUGGAUGUUCCAGCUACCAUGCAUGCUGUGAAGGAGCUUUGUGGGCUUGACAUUGUGGAGAAGUACUUGGAAUGGAGUUUAGGCCAAAGAAAAAGUGGAGGAGCUUUUUAUAAUGGAAUGAAUGCAGACAGAAAAGUCAAAGAAGCUAUUAUCAGAUAAAUUUCUACUUCUUAUUUCCUUUUUUCUUUAGAAAUCUGUUUAGUGUCAAAAAUAAAAAAGGAGGAGCAUUUAUGUAAAUAAGAAGAUAUGGCCUGGUUUUUCUGGUAAGAAUAUUUAUGGCAGGUUGUGGUAAGAAAAUGAAAAUGUAUUUUAUCACUCAAUC